AUGGAACACCUCCGUGGGGGAGGCAUGCACACCUACCUGGAUGAGCAGGGCUGCAUGACGAAGGCAGGGGCCCGAGGCUGCUUCCGGCGGCUGCUCUUGGCCCUUCAGCACUGCCACCAGCGGGGCACUGUGCUCCGGGACCUGACACUGAGCAGCGUGCUCCUCGAUGAGAACCAGAAGGUGAAGAGUUUGGACUUCGGUCUGAGCAAUGAGUACAAUCCAAGAGAGAAGCUAGAUACUUUCUGCGGCACUGCCGCCUGCACAUCCCCUGAGCUCGUCCUGGGGCGGAGCUACAUGGGCCCACCUGUGGAUGUGUGGAGCCUUGAUGUCGUCCUAUAG